AUGAAUAACUCUCAAUUCCGCAAACUAGUCCUCGAUACACCCGCGCGGCAAUCCUCUUCAUCCUCACCAUCAGGAACCCAAUCUAAGAAUGGCGUCCAAAACACGCCAGCGCUGGGCUCGCGCAUGCGAAAUUCGAUUCCCAUGACGCCACGGACUGUUGGAGGCUACUCAAGCUCUAACGAAUUCGCGCGCCAGCUAGCAGAACGAAAUUCCUCCUCCUCAACCCAAAAGAAGUUCAAAUCUUCUGCAGCGCCGAAAGGCACAAAAUUUGGAAGUGGGUAUGUGGAUCGUGCGAAAGCCCGGGAGGGAGGGGAGGGGGAAGAGGACCAGGAAGAUGACAAGGUGACAAGGGUUAAAGCGCUGGAGGAGAUGAUGAAAUUAGGGCAGAUUGAUGAAUCUACGUUUGUUAAGUUGAGAGAAGAGAUUUUAGGGGAUGAGGUGGGCAUGGAUAGGGCUAAGUUGGUCAAAGGACUAGAUUGGCGGUUGUUGGAACGAGCGAGGAAAGGGGAGGUGGGGGUUUUGGAUGUGCUGGAACGGAAGACUACGGGCAAAGUCGAAAGUCCCGAACAGGAGGAAAAGGAUGAAGAUAUUGAUGAUGAGUUUGAUAAGUUGGAGGAUAAAGAAGUUCGGGCUGUUGUUAAGGAGAAGGUCGCUAAAAAGGGGGAGAUGGCCCCCCCAGAGCUCACCGGAAGGAAAAGAACUAGGGAUCAGAUACUUGCAGAGUUAAAGGCUACACGUCUAGCAGCAAAAGCAGCUGCUCAGCCUUCUCUAGGGGCAAAGUUCAAGAAAGUCGGCGAGCCGAGAGCUCAGUCAAGGAUCGAGAGGGACAGCAAGGGAAGGGAGGUACUAAUCACGAUUGAUGAGCAUGGGAAUGAGAAGAGGAAAGUUAGGAAGGCGCCCCUUCUAGAUCCCCAGGUUGAAAAAGCCAACGGUCUCUUGAUGCCAGACAAGGAUGCGAAGCCUUUGGGUAUGGAGGUCCCUGAGAUUCCGAAGGCGCCAGCGGAGGAUGAGGAAGACAUCGAUAUUUUUGAUGAUGUAGGGGAUGAUUACGAUCCUUUGGCGGGGUUGGAGGAUGAUAGCGACAGCUCCGAGGAGGAAGAAGGUGAGUUAUCUGAGCGAGAUAAAGUAGUGGAAGCAGAUAUACAAGAGAAGUCGGAACGAGAUAAGGAUGCGAUGCCUCCUCCGCCACCCGCCCAGGAGCAAAAAAUACGAAAUUACUUUGGAUCCUCCUCUGAUACAGGUAUUACAACCACCGAUGCACUAUCCUCCCAGCCGAAAGCACUCAACGAUCCAACUCUCCUCGCAGCGCUCAAGAAAGCUUCUACACUACACCCGAUUUCUAAAGAACCAGCGAACGACGAGGAGGCAGCGAGGGCGGCGAAACGAAGGAAAAUGUUACAGCUGGACGACCGAGAUGCGCAGGAUAUGGAUCUCGGCUUUGGAAGUAGCCGUUUUGAAGAUGAGGAGGAUAUGGAGGAGAAGAAGGUCAAGCUAAGUCAGUGGGGCGCUGAUGAGGAGGAUGGGGAACGCGGUGGUGAUGGGAAAGGAAAAAGAAAACGGGGCCCGAAGAAGAGGAAAGGGGAUGGGGAUAACUCUGCAGAUGUACUGAAGGUGUUGGAGAGGAGGAAAGGGGCCGGUUCGUAG